AUGGGCGCGUAUCAACCACUUUUGACACUAGCCAAAUGGUACCGAUCGACUUUUUACAAUGCGCUUAUCCUUGGAAUCUGCAACCUCCUCGCACCCGGCAUCUGGGGUGCUAUGAAUUCUUUAGGUGCCGGGGGCGCCCAAAAGCCAUACUUGGUAAACACGGCCAACGCCCUGACAUUUUGUUUGAUGGUUGUUUCCUGUUUUUUCUCGAGUCUCGUCGUUCGACGGGUUGGAAUCAAAUGGACGCUCAUCAUUGGGACUCUCGGAUAUUGCCCCUAUGCUGCGGGGCUUUACACCAAUAAUCGGUUUGGUACAGAGUGGUUCGUCCUCCUCGGCGCAGCACUGUGUGGUCUAUCCGCUGGGCUAUUCUGGAUGUCGGAGGCAGCAAUCGCCCUUUCAUACCCGGAACCCCAUAACCAGGGUCGCUUCCUCGGCUUUUGGCUUAGCUUCCGACUCGGAGGGCAGAUCCUUGGGGGUGCUAUUAAUCUUGGCCUUAAUACCGGCAGAAACGAGGCGGGAAAGGUAUCAUACGUCGUCUACCUCAUAUUCAUUACUCUUCAAGCCUUGGGCCCCUUUGCCGGGUUACUCUUGAAUCAUCCACACCAAGUGCAGCGCACAGACGGUGUGAAGGUUGGGUUGUCCAUCACUGACGGAAGCAAGAAGGAGCUGAAGGCAACUGCGAAGUUGUUUUUCAGUAAAUCUUUCUUGUUGAUUGUCCCUCUCAUAACCCAAGCUGUGUAUUCCGAGGCUGUCGUAUUCACUUACCAGUCAUUAUGGUUCUCGGUUCGAGCUCGUGCCUUGGGAUCGUUCCUCUCUGGAAUCGUGGCGAUUAUUUCUGGAAAUCUUCUUGGCGUUCUCCUUGACUACACAAAACUUUCAGUCCGCAAGAGGGCCAGAUGGGGUUUCUUCGGCAUCCUUACUUUGCAAGGCGCAUGGUGGAUAUGGGCGACGAUCCUGGUCACGGAGUAUCGCAGGACCCAACCUACUUACGAUUGGGUCGAUCCAGGUUUUGGACGUGGCUUUGCAUUGAUUUUGCUCCUUGUUAUGGGAUUUCAGCUGAACUACAUGUAUUUAUAUUUUGUAGUUGGUGAAUUAGCAAAGAGUGAAGCGGAAGUAAUACGGAUUGCAGGCCUCUUGCGAGGGACCGAGUCGGCAGCCCAGGCUGUGAGCUAUGGACUAAACAGCAUUGAGUUCUUUGCGCAAGUCGGCGGAGUUUACGUGAAUUUUGGGCUUUGGGCCGUCUCAAUUAUUCCAGCAUGGCUCAUGGUCCGGAAAAUCGGUGUUAGUGGGCGAUAAGUAGGAAGAGCUGAAAGCUUCGAUGGCAGCAAAUAUCAAAAAGUAAAACCGGCACGUAGGAGCUGUUACCAGGGGAUCACGCAGUUUUCCAGUCUAGACGUUGCCUAUGUAUCCGUUGGUCAUGA